GAAGCAGUUGAGAAAUAUUUGUAAAUACUCUACCAAGCCAGGUCACUAGCCCCAGGCUAAAAGGGGUUGAGUUUACACCCCAGCCAGUUUACGCUCCUCCUCAAGGGGGAUGGUCCUCAAACAGACCUCCUCCCUCCAGAUCAGCUGAUAAGAAGCUCGGCCCUCACCCCUUCCACCCUCUCAUUGUGAGCCACCUUUGCAGAUUUGGGAGUUGCGCACCAUGGGGACUCCGAAUGACCAGGCGGUGUUGCAGGCCAUCUUCAACCCGGACUCCCCAUUUGGAGACAUCAUUGGAUUGGACCCAGGACAGGAAGCACAGAAGGAAGUAGAUGAAGAUGGAGUUUUCCCUCGAGCACAGCUGGAGCAGUCCAAGGCCCUGGAGCUGCAGGGGGUGAUAGCAGCAGAAGCUGGUGACCUCAGUACAGCCCUGGAGAGGUUUGGUCAAGCCAUCAACCUACUGCCUGAGAGGGCUUCAGCCUACAACAACCGAGCCCAGGCCCGGCGACUCCAGGGAGAUGUGGCAGGAGCCCUGGAAGACCUGGAGCGCGCGCUGGCGCUGAGCGGCGGCCGGGGCCGCGCCGCCCGCCAGGGGUUCGUGCAGCGCGGGCUCGUGGCGCGGCUGCAGGGCCGGGACGACGACGCCCGCGAGGACUUUGAGCGAGCGGCGCGGCUGGGCAGCGAGUUCGCCCGGCGCCAGCUGGUGCUGCUCAACCCGUACGCGGCUCUGUGCAACCGCAUGCUAGCAGACAUGAUGGGGCAGCUGCGCGGGGAGCUCAACGGGCGCUGAGCCGCUGGCGGGCGGGGGAGGGUGGGAGGGGCACCUGCAACCAAUAAAGCUGCCGGCUUCCCCAACCCCGCCAGUGUCUCCGUCCGCCCACCGCCUCUGCAGGGAACGCACUCAGGAAUUUUCUGCGCGCGCCCACGACGCGCGGGGGGGUGGUCCCAGAGCUCCCGCCGGGGGAGGGGGACGUCGGGCGGAGGUUGGGCAUCGAUUGGCCCCGCCUGGCGCAGCCUCGGCCCCUGCGGCGGACUGCGGUGUACAUCAGACCUGAGCAGUCGCUCUGGCUGCGCUCGAGGAGGGAACCAGGUGAGCCGCCCAGAAAGGCGGGGCGCGGGCGGGGAUGCUUUGCGACUCCCCCGCCUCUCGGAUCCCCUCCUCUGCGGCCCAAAUCCGGAGGAUGGGGAAAGGGGGAAAAGAGGGUGUAGAUGGGAGAGGGGAUUGGGCAGGAAAGAGCCAGAGUCGGGAGAAGGACGGGAUACGUGUACGCUAGUGUGUGCGCGUGUGUGUGUGUGUGCGCGCGCGCAUAUGUGUGUGAGCUCCUUGUGCAGGCUGCACCAUUGUUAGUUGUUUCUGUGUACCUGCGAGCGCGUGCUUGUUUGUCCCUUGGAGUAAGUGGUUAGUUCUGCGCCCGCAGGGUGAACAGGUACGUGCCAGCUGGGUUUGGAUCUUUGGGCUUGGCCAUUUCCUUCCUUGCCGUCAACCGCUGUGGGUCGGUCUACUUGUGUGUUAGCGUGCAUGGUUUAUUUUUGUUUCUGGGGAGUAAUUUCAUGGAGGAGUUACUAAGCUUGCCUGCUCUCACCUGGCUACUAACAUCGAGGCCCGCCCCCUUCUCUCGGCAGCCUGGGGCCCACACAGGGGCCACCAUGGCGCUGCUUCCCGGGCCAGCAACCCUCCCGCACACACUGCUGCUCCUGCCAGCCCUUCUGAGCCCAGGUACACCCCUUUCAUCCUUUGGCCGUGCAUUUUUGGGGUCAAGUCUCCCUCUCUCCCCACCUUGCCUGCACCUUCGGUUUGGGUACCCACUGCAGGCCCCAGGCACCAGAGCUGGGUUCCCCAAGGUCCAGCCAGUCCUGGUGAGAGAACCCAGGUGUUCUGUCUCUUGGCUUGCUGUCCCUCUGUAACUGGACCUCCCUCAUCCUGGUUUCAGAACAGUACCAACCUUCCACCAGCCCUCCCUAGGACCCCCUGUGUUCCAGGUUGGGGGGAGUUGGCGCCACAAAUUGAUGGUCAGACCUGGGCUGAGCGGGCACUUCGAGAGAAUGAACGCCAUGCCUUCACCUGCCGGGUGGCAGGGGGGCCUGGCACCCCCCGAUUGGCCUGGUACCUGGAUGGACAGCUACAGGAGGCCAGCUCCUCGAGACUACUGAGCGUGGGUGGGAAGGCCUUCUCCGGAGGCACCAGCACUUUCACUGUCACUGCCCAGAGGGCUCAGCAUGAGCUCAACUGCUCCCUGCAGGACCCAAGCAGUGGCCGGUCAGCCAACGCUUCCGUCAUCCUCAAUGUACAAUCCACACCCGCAGCAUGUGGAAGUUACCGAAAGUUCCAGAUGCACCACAGCAGUGACCCGAGCUACUGCCGUGACAACGCCAGGUCCUCAACCCGCUGAGCCACAGAGGAACUCCCCAAAGGACAUUUAACAAACACUUAAGUACUUUGCAAACGUUAACUCACUUUGUCCUCACUAUAAUCCUACAAGAUAAUGACUGUUGCUGUCUCCAUUUUACAAGUGAAAAAACCUGAGACACAGAGAUGUUAACCAAUGUGCCCAAAGGUCCUGCCGCUGGGGAGCAGCAGCGCCAGGAUUCAAAUUGGACAUUUUGGUUCUGUUAAGCCGGAGAUUGCCCAGGUUGGGGCCAAGUACCAAGAAGCUCAGGGCCCAGGCCUCCUGGUCGUACUUUUUGCCCUGGUGCGUGCCAACCCGCCUGCCAAUGUGACCUGGAUCGACCAGGAUGGGCCGGUGACUGUCAACGCCUCUGACUUCCUGGUGCUGGAUGCCCAGAACUACCCCUGGCUCACCAACCACACUGUGCAGCUGCAGCUCCGAAGCCUGCCACACAACCUCUCGGUGGUAGCCACCAAUGAUGUGGGUGUCACCAGUGCCUCGCUUCCAGCCCCGGGGCUCCUGGCCACCCGGGUGGAAGUGCCACUGCUGGGCAUCGUUGUGGCUGGAGGACUUGCCCUGGGCACACUGGUGGGGUUCAGCACCUUGGUGGCCUGCCUGGUCUGCAGGAAAGAGAAGAAGACCAAAGGCCCGUCCCGGCGCCCAUCUCUGAUCUCUAGCGACUCCAACAACCUGAAACUCAACAACGUGCGUCUGCCCCGGGAGAACAUGUCCCUCCCGUCCAACCUGCAGCUCAACGACCUCACUCCGGAUUCCAGAGGGAAGCCAGUGGACCAGCAGACUGCACAGAACAACAGCCGGCCAGAACUGCUGGACCCAGAGCCUGGAGGUCUGCUUACCAGCCGAGGUUUCAUCCGUCUCCCGAUGCUGGGCUACAUUUAUCGGGUGUCCAGUGUGAGCAGUGAUGAGAUCUGGCUCUGAGCUGAGGCUGAGACCAGCUCCUCCUUGGCCCCUGGGCACCCUCCCCAUCCUCCUCCAAGGCAUCCUCUGCCUGGCCACAUUGCCGACGGAAAGAGGCCAUGCCACUGCCACUUUUGCUUGCCCUCUGGAGCACAGGUAUCCUUGGCGAGGCUCUUAGCUGGACCUAAGCCCUUGCCCCAGCUCCCGUUGGGGGCCUGCAUGAUUGCCUGUGCCCAGGCGGACUGAGUGCUUAGUCCAGGUGUGCCUGAGGUCAUUCAGCAUCUAGGUGUGGCCUGGCUCUGCUGGCUUGGGUCUGCUGUGCCCCACACCUCAGCACUUUGUACAGCAGGCAUGGAGCACGCCUGGUUGGGAGGACCCUGCACGUCUUGGAUUUCCUUUCCAUGCUAUGCAGCUUUGUUCCCUCAGGGAGAAUGUAAGACCCUGCUAGCUGUAGAGAACCAGUCCCCAGCUGGGGGCACUGGCCAAGCACACAGCAGUCCCUUCUGCGGCAUACCUCGCUGCCCCCUCGACCCCCGCCUCUUCUUGGGUAUCGAGUUAUGCCUUGGACCCGCUCCACUUCUCCACUGGGGCACUAGACUCCCCACUGACCUGACGCCAGGGGUGCCAGCGCCUGGUGUUAGCACAAGUCAGGAGAAGAGUGGGAGGUGAGAAGUCUGGUGCAUCCAGGACCAUGUGUAGCUAUGCAUUGUUUUCUUAGUGUUAGCACUUUAAGCACAACUCCUGAGGAGGGGGUGAGCAAGGGCUCCAGGGCCCCAUCCGUGACUUUCCCAAGUCUGGCCUUUUCAUGAUUCACUGUGAGUGCCCUGAGCCCCCGGGGUUGAUGGUUUCCCACUCACGAUGUCUCUCCCACCGCUUGGGAUCCCAGCCCUGAGCAGCCCUGGACUGGCCCCUCGGCAGGAAGCUUCCUAUCCCACCCUCAGUUCUUUAGGGGAUGGUCAUAGUGGCUCAUAACUGGACAGUGCCAGAAACCUUAGGGGACAUGGAAAAAGGAGGGAGACCACGUAUCCCAAAACAAGCUAAGAACACUUUUGAAAAGCAACAAGGAAAAGAGUGCAAACCAGUAGAGUGCAAAAUAUAUUUUUCCCUUGUUGAUACCUUGUUUUGUGAUUUUUCUCAUUUUACUGCCUAGGACAGUGCCGAGCACACAAUAGAUUCAAUAAACUUGACUGAGUGAA